AUGGCAGAUACCAAAAAUACUCUAUAUAUUGGACGAAUCCCAAAGGAUAUGAGCGAACGUGAAGUAAAGAUGUCAUUGGAAGAUGUUUCAGGUUGCACAGUAAAAUCAUUUGAAUUUGAUGGUACCAAUAGUACAGCAGGUUGGGCAUUCUUUAAAGAUCAUGAAACCACUAUUAAAGCAAUUAAAUUGAUUCAAAAAUCAGUCUAUACAGCUUCACUAACUAAAAAAUCAUCUUCAACUGCUGCUUCAGUACUACCAACAACUUAUACAGAUAAUCAAUCAACCAAAGUAUUAUUUGCAAGAGGAAUUAAAUCACAAGAUGAAGGCCAAGUUUUACAGGAUCAAUUGGGAACAACAUAUGUUGAAAAGGUGGUGGUACCAUUGGACAUGCAAAAGAGAGUGCCUCUAGGACACGCAUUUAUCUAUUGUCACACUGUCGAAGAUGCAAAGACAUUGAUGGAGAGAAACGAGGGAGGUGUCGAGUUUUUAGGACGAUCCAUCUCGUUGGCAUGGGGUCUACCAAAACAAAAACAUAGAGGAUUUGUAGACCCAUAUGCCACCGGUGCCUAUGACUAUAGUUAUAUGUUGUAUCCCGACUAUCUCAGCCAGAUGUAUCCACCACCACCUCCACCACCUCAUUAUGCAGGUAGCACUGGUGGUCGUGCCGGAAGAUACGACAGUCACUACUCUGGCAGCUCUGGCAAACAUAGUGGUGGCGGUGGCGGUCGUCACCACGACCAUCAUCAUCAUCACCCUGCACCACACUACCCCUACCCCAUGGUACAUCCAUCUGUCAAGGGAGGAUACGAGGCUCCCUAUCCACCACCAGCCGCCUUUUAUCCACCAGUCGAAAGAAGUUCAAGAGGUGGUCGUGGUGCUCCAAGUGGUGGUUAUUCAAGAUAUACUCCAUAUUAA